AUUUGUCACUAAGCUGAUUCACUCACAGCUACUCUUUCGCCGUGGAGACUCUUUUGGAACCCUAACCCUAAAACCCCAACCCGCCACCCUUUAACCUUCCUUCCAAUCCUUCAUUUCGCAGAUAAUGGGAGAAACGAAGGACGAAGGAUACGAGGAAGAGCUCCUUGACUACGAGGAAGAAGAAGACAAGGCCCCUGAUUCCGUUGGAGCUAAAGUCAACGGUGAAGCUACCAAGAAGGGCUAUGUCGGCAUCCACAGUUCAGGAUUCAGAGACUUUCUUCUGAAGCCAGAGCUUCUUCGGGCUAUUGUGGACUCAGGAUUUGAGCAUCCUUCUGAAGUGCAACAUGAGUGCAUACCUCAAGCAAUCCUUGGAAUGGAUGUAAUUUGCCAAGCUAAAUCUGGAAUGGGAAAGACUGCUGUCUUUGUGCUCUCAUCUUUGCAGCAGAUUGAUCCUGUUCCAGGCCAAGUUUCUGCACUUGUUUUGUGUCAUACAAGAGAAUUAGCAUACCAGAUAUGCCAUGAGUUUGAGAGGUUUAGCACCUACUUGCCUGAUCUCAAGGUUGCGGUCUUUUAUGGUGGGGUCAAUGUCAAAGUUCACAAGGAUCUGUUGAAAAAUGAGUGCCCUCAUAUUGUGGUAGGAACACCUGGAAGAAUACUAGCAUUGGCUCGUGAGAAGGAUCUUUCUUUGAAGAAUGUUAGGCAUUUCAUUUUAGAUGAAUGUGAUAAAAUGCUGGAAUCACUGGACAUGAGGAAAGAUGUUCAAGACAUUUUCAAGAUGACCCCCCAUGAUAAGCAAGUUAUGAUGUUUUCUGCAACACUGAGCAAGGAAAUUCGCCCAGUCUGCAAGAAAUUCAUGCAAGAUCCGAUGGAAAUUUAUGUUGAUGAUGAAGCCAAGUUGACCCUUCAUGGACUUGUGCAGCACUACAUCAAAUUGAAAGAGGAGGAGAAGAACCGGAAGUUGAAUGAUCUUCUUGAUGCACUAGACUUCAAUCAAGUUGUUAUCUUUGUGAAAAGUGUUAGUAGAGCAGCCGAACUGGACAAACUACUUGUGGAGUGCAACUUUCCAUCUAUAUGCAUUCACUCAGGCAUGUCCCAGGAAGAAAGGUUAAAACGUUAUAAAGGUUUUAAGGAGGGGCAUACCAGGAUUCUUGUUGCAACAGAUUUGGUUGGUAGGGGAAUUGACAUUGAACGUGUCAAUAUUGUUAUAAACUAUGACAUGCCUGAUUCUGCAGACACAUACUUGCACAGGGUUGGUCGAGCUGGAAGAUUUGGCACCAAAGGCCUUGCAAUCACAUUUGUUUCAUGCUCUACUGAUGUCGAUGUUCUUAACAAUGUUCAAUCAAGGUUCGAGGUGGAUAUAAAGCAGCUUCCUGAGCAGAUUGAUACCUCUACCUACAUGCCAUCAUAGUAGAUUUUGUUUCGGGGCAAUGCUUUUAACUGCUUGGAUGGUAUGAUGAGUUGCUAUUGCAGAUUUAUUGCAUCUCCUGGAUUAGUGACUCGGUUUUAUGAACAAUACAGUUGCUAAUCAUCCAUGCUGAUGCCGGAGUCUUUUUUACAGAGUAGGCCAUUUUACCAUUGAAGGUUUAUCCGUAUUAAAUAUUGCUGUAUGAUUAAGAAUUUAUGCGGUUCCCUUAACUGUAUUGUGUGACAGCUACGCUGUUUUCAUGAACGUAAUCUUUGCAUUAGUUUUACUGCGACGUUGGUAUUGUGUUUGAAUGAGAUAUAUGGUUUUCGAAUUAGGAUGUGAUCGGAUUA